UUGAUCAGGGUUGGAACUGAACUGUUUUCCUUGGAUCUUUAAAACCCCAUUUUACAGAGGUUGAUUUUGCAGCAACACUUAUUCGUUUUAGUUUUGUGCGCUUUGCUGUCUGUUUAUCCUGACGCAUCAAUUCAGUGCAUUUUCCAGCAGAGAUCGCAGGCUGGGACGAUGACGGCUCGAGUGUGUUUCUCGUUGACUGCUGUUUUUUUGUGUCUGUUCGGAUACUUGAGCAUAACUCAUGCUAUUCAAAGACGAACCACAGUGGACGGUUUCUGUCCGGCGAGGCUGACGGUCGUGCCGUCCCAUCGAGGGUGUUCCUCUGAUGAAGACUGCCCUGGAGGGCACAAAUGCUGUCGAUUUGACUGUGGGCCUGUUUGCGUGCUGCCCGUUUUCAUGAAGCCGGGUCAGUGUCCCAUACCGGAAAUGAUUCCACUGUGUGCUAAAAGCUGUUUCCAUGAUGGCCAGUGUCCUGACACACAGAAAUGUUGCCCAACCACCGGUGGCUUUGCAUGCAGUGAACCACGUGGUCAGGAAAGAGGUCAGGCAAGUUGUCAAGGAAGCGGCUCUGGUCAGGGCGCCGGACAGGGAAGCGGUUAUGGCCAGGGCGCCGGAGCGGGACAGGGAAGCGGUUAUGGCCAGGGCGCCGGAGCGGGACAGGGUAGCGGCAUUGGUUUGGGCCAGGGAAGCGGUUAUGGCCAGGGAAGCGGUUAUGGCCAGGGUGCAGGAGCGGGACAGGGAAGCGGCAUUGGUUCGGGACAGGGAAGCGGUUAUGGCCAGGGAAGUGGCCAGGGAAGCGGUUAUGGCCAGGGUGCAGGAGCGGGACAGGGAAGCGGUUAUGGCCAGGGCGCCGGAGCGGGACAGGGUAGCGGCAUUGGUUUGGGACAGGGAAGCGGUUAUGGCCAGGGAAGUGGCCAGGGAAGCGGUUAUGGCCAGGGCGCCGGAGCGGGACAGGGAAGCGGCAUUGGUUCGGGACAGGGAAGCGGUUAUGGCCAGGGCGCCGGAGCGGGACAGGGAAGCGGUUAUGGCCAGGGCGCCGGAGCGGGACAGGGAAGCGGUUAUGGCCAGGGCGCCGGAGCGGGACAGGGAAGCGGUUAUGGCCAGGGAAGUGGCCAGGGAAGCGGUUAUGGCCAGGGAAGUGGCCAGGGAAGCGGUUAUGGCCAGGGUGCAGGAGCGGGACAGGGAAGCGGUUAUGGCCAGGGCGCCGGAGCGGGACAGGGAAGCGGAGCUGGUCAGGGAAGUGGCCAGGGAAGCGGUUAUGGCCAGGGCGCCGGAGCGGGACAGGGAAGCGGUUAUGGCCAGGGAAGUGGCCAGGGAAGCGGUUAUGGCCAGGGUGCAGGAGCGGGACAGGGAAGCGGUUAUGGCCAGGGUGCAGGAGCGGGACAGGGAAGCGGUUAUGGUCAGGGCGCCGGAGCGGGACAGGGAAGCGGUUAUGGCCAGGGCGCCGGAGCGGGACAGGGAAGCGGAGCUGGUCAGGGAAGUGGCCAGGGAAGCGGUUAUGGCCAGGGCGCCGGAGCGGGACAGGGAAGCGGUUAUGGCCAGGGCGCCGGAGCGGGACAGGGAAGCGGUUAUGGCCAGGGCGCCGGCGCGGGACAGGGAAGCGGCGCUGGACAGGGAAGCGGCGCUGGACAGGGAAGCGGCGCUGGACAGGGAAGCGGCGCUGGACAGGGAAGCGGAGCUGGACAGGGAAGUGGCCAGGGCGCUGGAGCUGGUCAGGGAAGCGGGGCUGGUCAGGGCGCUGGAGCUGGUCAGGGAAGCGGAGCUGGACAGGGAAGCGGUCAGGGCGCUGGAGCUGGACAGGGAAGCGGUCAGGGCGCUGGAGCUGGACAGGGAAGCGGUCAGGGCGCUGAAGCUGGACAGGGAAGCGGAGCUGGACAGGGAAGUGGUCAGGGUGCUGGAGCUGGACAGGGAAGUGGUCAGGGCGCUGGAGCUGGACAGGGAAGCGGAGCUGGACAGGGAAGUGGUCAGGGCGCUGGAGCUGGACAGGGAAGCGGAGCUGGACAGGGAAGUGGUCAGGGCGCUGGAGCUGGACAGGGAAGCGGAGCUGGACAGGGAAGUGGUCAGGGCGCUGGAGCUGGUCAGGGAAGCGGAGCUGGACAGGGAAGUGGCCAGGCAAGCGGAGCUGGACAGGGAAGCGGAGCUGGACAGGGAAGUGGCCAGGGCGCUGGAGCUGGUCAGGGAAGCGGGGCUGGUCAGGGCGCUGGAGCUGGUCAGGGAAGCGGGGCUGGACAGGGAAGCAGUCAGGGCGCUGGAGCUGGACAGGGAAGCGGAGCUGGACAGGGAAGCGGCCAGGGCGCUGGAGCUGGACAGGGAAGCGGAGCUGGACAGGGAAGCGGCCAGGGCGCUGGAGCUGGACAGGGAAGCGGAGCUGGACAGGGAAGCGGCCAGGGCGCUGGAGCUGGUCAGGGCGCUGGAACUGGUCAGGGAAGUGGACAGGGAAGCGGAGCAGGUCAGGGCGCUGGAGCUGGCCAGGGAAACGGAGCUGGUCAGGGCGCUGGAGCUGGUCAGGGAAGUGGACAGGGAAGCGGAGCUGGACAGGGAAGUGGCCAGGGCGCUGGAGCUGGUCAGGGAAGCGGGGCUGGUCAGGGCGCUGGGGCUGGUCAGGGAAGCGGAGCUGGUCAGGGAAGCGGAGCUGGACAGGGCGCUGGAGCUGGUCAUGGAGCUGGACAGGGCGCUGGAGCUGGUCAUGGAGCUGGACAGGGCGCUGGAGCUGGACAGGGAAGCGGUCAGGGCGCUGGAGCUGGACAGGGAAGCGGUCAGGGCGCUGGAGCUGGACAGGGAAGCGGAGCUGGACAGGGAAGUGGUCAGGGCGCUGGAGCUGGACAGGGAAGCGGAGCUGGACAGGGAAGUGGUCAGGGUACUGGAGCUGGACAGGGAAGUGGUCAGGGUACUGGAGCUGGUCAGGGAAGCGGAACUGGACAGGGAAGUGGCCAGGCAAGCGGAGCUGGACAGGGAAGUGGCCACGGCGCUGGAGCUAGUCAGGGAAGUGGGGCUGGUCAGGGCGCUGGAGCUGGUCAGGGAAGCUGGGCUGGUCAGGGCGCUGGAGCUGGUCAGGGAAGCGGGGCUGGACAGGGAAGCGGUCAGGGCGCUGGAGCUGGACAGGGAAGCGGGGCUGGACAGGGAAGCGGUCAGGGCGCUGGAGCUGGACAGGGAAGCGGAGCUGGACAGGGAAGCGGCCAGGGCGCUGGAGCUGGACAGGGAAGCGGAGCUGGACAGGGAAGCGGCCAGGGCGCUGGAGCUGGACAGGGAAGCGGAGCUGGACAGGGAAGCGGCCAGGGCGCUGGAGCUGGACAGGGAAGCGGAGCUGGACAGGGAAGCGGCCAGGGCGCUGGAGCUGGACAGGGAAGCGGAGCUGGACAGGGAAGCGGUCAGGGCGCUGGAGCUGGACAGGGAAGCGGAGCUGGACAGGGAAGCGGUCAGGGCGCUGGAGCUGGACAGGGAAGCGGAGCUGGACAGGGAAGCGGUCAGGGCGCUGGAGCUGGACAGGGAAGCGGAGCUGGACAGGGAAGCGGUCAGGGCGCUGGAGCUGGACAGGGAAGCGGAGCUGGACAGGGAAGCGGUCAGGGCGCUGGAGCUGGACAGGGAAGCGGAGCUGGACAGGGAAGCGGUCAGGGCGCUGGAGCUGGACAGGGAAGCGGUCAGGGCGCUGGAGCUGGACAGGGAAGCGGUCAGGGCGCUGGAGCUGGACAGGGAAGCGGAGCUGGACAGGGAAGCGGAGCUGGACAGGGAAGCGGCCAUGGAAGCGGAGCUGGACAGGGAAGCGGCCAUGGAAGCGGAGCUGGACAGGGAAGCGGCCAUGGAAGCGGAGCUGGACAGGGAAGCGGCCAUGGAAGCGGAGCUGGACAGGGAAGCGGCCAUGGAAGCGGAGCUGGACAGGGAAGCGGCCAUGGAAGAGGAGCUGGUCAAGGCGCAGGAGCUGGUGAGGGCGCUGCUCAGGGAAGCGGCCAGGGCGCAGGACAUGGCAGCGGUGCUGGACAGGGAUGCGGCCGAGGGAAUUGUCAUGGAUGUGGCCAAGGUCAAUGUUGUGGUCAGGGACAUGUUAAUGGUAAUUUAGCAUAAUAUUUUCUGGAGAUCUUUUCCACUCCUUCAUUCAAAUGGCAUGUUUUCCCUUUUUGCUCAUGUGGUUUAGAAUUUCUGUCUCUACCACCUCAAAUUAAAAAAAAAUAAAACUGCUUGAUUUGAAAAGUU